AUGUCACAGCAUGGCGAAUGUCACAAGACCGGAUACUACAAACCAUCAAAUGAACAUACGGCUAACACAGCAUACGUGCCAGAGGGUUACAUCGGGUGCUUUAUUGAUUACAGAUACAGAGUUCUGAACGGAAAGGGAAAACAAUUCCACCCAAACAGUGGCAACAGAUGUAAAAACUUUUGUAGAGGGUAUGGAUAUAGAUAUGCUGGAACUGAGAGCGGAGAAGAAUGUUUUUGUGGAAAUAAGAUUAGGAUUAAGAGGCCAGCUAAUAACUGUGAUUACGAAUGUGAAGGUAACCCCUCGGAAUUUUGUGGUGGUGCCUGGCGGAUUUCUAUAUAUGACAUUUGGUAUUGUGUCACCAAUCCAUGUCUAAACGGCGCCACAUGCACAGACAUUGAUGCAAACAAUUACAGUUGUACCUGCACUGACGAAUGGACAGGAAUAGAUUGCAAAUACAAGAAAGCACAAACAACAGUUCAAUCAACGUCAACAACAACAGAAACAACAACAAAAACAACAACUAGUACUGCUGUUAUUACGAAAACCAGUAGCCCCUCCGCAAAGUCGACUGAGCGUACAAGCAGAGAAUCAAGGGCAAAUGUGACAGAUAUUCCAUACAUAAAACCCACAGAUGAUCACAAUAAUUCAAUGAUUGCUAUGUAUGUUUUACUGCCUCUGGGUGUAAUUGUAAUAAUGAUUACAAUGGCUUUCGUCUUGAAACGAAGGCGCCAACGCAAGAAAGAAACCGUUUCGGAAAUAAUCAGUCACGGACCUGGUUCGACGCCAAACAUAUAUGCAAAUGUUAUAAAUGCUCCACAACGUAACCAGUUUGAACAAGAGGAUCUAUCUCAUAAUCCAUCUGGAGAAGAAUCUGCACGUUUGGGAAAGGAACGUGGUGUUAUCGAUAAAGGCAGAAGAGGAAUAGUAGAACAAGAAAUGGAGGAGUAUAAUACUUUAACUUUACCAUCUAACAAUAGGACUGUACUUGAUAAUUCCUAUGAUCAUGUAGUCAAGCCAGCUAGUUAUGUUGACAAAUCAUACUCUAAAUUGUCUGCCGUUCAGUUAAAUAGGAAACAUAUGUCUGUGGAUAACACAUACUCACAUGUUGAAAACGCUUCAGGACAAGACCAUGUCAGUGGCAUUACAGAGAAAGAUGAUAACACAUACAACACACUGGAGUUAAGGGCCAAUCGAAAAGCAGAAGGAACUGGUGGCAGAAAUGAAGACUUUUCUUUUUAUGACCAUACCAAUACACUGCAGACAGACGAAAGAGUAGAAGAUUAUUAUUCGCAUAUGCACACCACUAUAGCACAUUCAAAUGAUAACGGUAAAAAGAGAAAUAUUGGAGUUGAAAACAUAUAUUACAAUGAAGAUAAAUACGCUACUGUUGAAAAGGUAUCGAAGAAUUAGCAAAUACUUAAAGCUGUAAUUCAGUAUUUUACUGUUCAUUUUUAAAAACAUUGCUUUGAGCAAAUGCAUGUGAUUGACAGUUACAACUUCACCAAACUUGAGACAAGAAGGAAACAACAACUUCUAUAGAUGUUAUGACAAUUAUGACAAAAUCUGCAAAACAUUUUUAUUUCAAAUGAAACAUAUUUAUGCUUGUUAUUGAAAUAUGUAAAAUAAUUAAUUAUUUAUUAUAGUAAGUGUCUUUAAUGUCAAAGCAAUACACGUAUAUCCAGGCUAAAAGCUAUCCAAGAAAGAAUACCAUGAAUAAAACUACUCGUCCUCACUGCCCAAAGCAAGAAUGUUUAAGCAUUGCCAAGAGAAUGACUUCAACUGAUAAAAAUGGCCAAAGGGAGAUAACUUUUAUUUAGAAUGAAAUUUUAAUUUAAGACAGAAUGUCCAAGACUUGAUUAUUUCGUUAUGUACGUUAUACUCACUCCUAAAAAAUCAUCGCAAAAUAGUUGCAGAGUUUGUUCCUAGACGAUAAUUACAAUUUCACAAUCUUCCUGCCCUUUAAAUACUGUAAAAGUGAAGGGUAAGUGAAAACUGGAUUAAAAAUCAUUUAUGAUGUAAAGUUUGUUUAGUAGUUGUGUUUUCAAACAAAAAAUGAUAAAACAUCAUUAAGGAAAAAGAAGAACCAUAGGGUGUUAUGAUCCUAGUACUGAGGCAAACUCUAGUAUAGUUAAUCAUAAUUAUGUGUACAAUCAGACAUUUAAUUAUCAGGAAGUUUUGUGACGUCACAUUUUGAAAAAUAACUUCCCUUUAGGUAGUAACGACCAUUACAGUUGCAUUAAUGAGUAACUACUGGAUAACGCAUUUUCUUUCCCAAAAAUAAAAAUGUAGACACAGAUGACUAUAUGAGAAUGUUAAAAGGCAUAUGACAGCUUUAAUAUGAAUUUGUCAAAGAAUAUAUCAAAAAAUAAAUUGUGUAAUCUGAUUUUUUAUCAUAAAAUAUUGUCAGUAAUAUUAGAUUUUAAAUUCCAAAAUGUCCUGUAUUAAUAAAUAUUCAAAAUGUUAUUCUAACAGGCGAAAUAUCUGUACGAUAUUCCAAUUUAAAAAAAUGACGAAGACCAAAGAUUCAGUUUAUUUAAAAAUAGAUACAUUAGCCCGCUGGUGGCAAGUGAGUCUGCCUUUGCAACCAGUGCAUGCUGAACAUGGUCUGCACUGUUUGCUAUUCAUUCAGUAGAUUUUCAUUGAACACCCCUUCGCAUAAUACUAGUAUAUGGUACUGCAAAAAUUGAAUGACGGACCAGUUUAGGAAGUCAGCAGGGUAAAGGUUAAUAUAAAUGCUUUCUAUACAAACUGAUUUAGUGCAAAAUGCGUUGUCUGGUGAGUUGUUGAUCACACAAACGCAUGCUUAGCAUUAUACUGUGUGGAUUUAUAUUGUACCAGGUGGACAUAUUGCGCACAACUGCAAUUUCAUUGUCUUCUUACAUUGAUUCUUAUGUAUACAUUUUCUCAUGUUUACAUUAAACUCAUUUAUACUUAGAAUUUAUUGUCAAUAAAUAGACUGGGCAAACGGUGUAUGUGUGCUUAAUUUGUUGCUUGGUAAACUAAAAAUUAUGAACCUCCAGCAGUUUUUUUGUCAAAAUGCUGUUAUGUAUAUGCCAUUCCCCCUUUCGGCUGUACUUAUGGAUGAUUUAUUGAGAAAUAAAGUAAAUAAGUUCUUUAUAUUCUAUGGUGUUCCAGUUGUUUUACCACAAUACUGAUAAGCAAGGUGUAACAUUUUUUAAAGUCUGGAUUGUUCUUUGUUUUUCCAGAAUAUUCCUUUUAUUCUUAGCGUUACCUGAAAGUUCGGGAACCUUCCAUUUAAUGUUUAACAUAUGGUAUGGGGGUAAACAUAAAGAUAGGCAAACACAUUAACAACUACGUGUUUAAUUGCAUCUGUUCAAUAUCUAUUACAUACUAUCACACGAUGUGUACCCCAUGACGCCUGUUCCACCCUAAUUACGUUCUACCACUCGUUGUUAUGUACUAUUUCUUUACUUCAUGGCGUCUGUGCAACGGUAAUUACGUGCUACCGCGUUAUUUUUACAUCACUGCGUCAGUUUAACACUCUUUACGUUCUAUCGCUCAGGUUUACCUCAUGCUGUCUGUCCAACAUUAUAUAGGUACUAACAUUUGAUGUUACGUAUUACAGUAUGGGCAAUAAAAUCUGUAAAAAGAUCCUUUUGAAGCAACAAAGAAUAAUAAUAGCAGACUUUGUUUGAUUAAGUCUGUUCUUGAGAGGUAAUGAAGUUGCAUGUGGAAAUAAGUAGAGCAUCCUGCCAGUUUUUAAAAGCGGUACCGAGAGCGUCACAGUACAUUUAGACCAGUUGAAAAAAGUACACAAAAAUAAAAUCUUUAUAUACAGACAGAAUUUAAAAUGACGUCCGCUGAGUUGCUAGCUGGUACAAGGGAGGCAUGAGCAGUGUUGCAUUUUCCAUUACUGCUCAUGAACAGACUCAAUUAUACCGAGUCUGCAAUUUUCACUGUUUGCCUUUUCUCGGUGCUUCGGAGGGAUCUACUUUUCAGAUUUUGUUUAUUUUUACCUUUGUAUCGGUAGAGAUUUAUCGGACACUU